ACCCAGCAGUGGCUGGCCUUCCUUCCCCACUCACCUCACUCCCACCUCCCACUCUCCUACACAUCGAGGACGCAAGGCGGAGGUAGCCGUGGGGGACUGAGGGGACUAGCUGCCUAGGAGGAGGAGGAGAUGCAGCGGCUCGCAUGGCUGGGGCUGGGGGUGGCGCUGCUCCUGCUCGCGCCGGCUUCUCGUCUGGUCUCAGCUGCCGCGGUGGAGGACGGCCUGCUCACCAAUGGCGACUUUGAAACAGCUCCAGCUGGUGGUUUUACCAAGUCUGCUUCUGUCUCUGAGGGCGCAUCGACGAUCCCAGCUUGGACGAUCAAUGGCACAGUUGAGCUAGUUUCAGCAGGCCAGCACCAGGGUGGCAUGAUCCUUAUUGUUCCACAGGGGGAUCAUGCUGUCCGGCUAGGAAAUGAUGCAGGCAUUGGGCAGGUGGUGCAGGUCGAGAAGGGCGCAGAGUAUGCAAUCACAUUCAGUGCCGCCCGGACGUGUGCACAGCUGGAGGCGCUGAAUGUGUCUGCUGGUGGUGUAUCGCAGACAGUAGACCUUCAGACAUUGUACAACAUCGAAGGCUGGGAUGCAUAUGCACUGGCUUUUCAAGCAGUGGAUGAGCAGGCAAACCUUGAAUUCAGGAACCCUGGCAUGGAGGACGAUCCAACCUGUGGUCCUAUCCUUGACAAUGUGGCCAUCAAGAAGCUCUUUUCUCCGGACAAACCAAAGGAUAGCACGGUGAUCAAUGGAGACUUUGAGGAGGGUCCAUGGAUGUUUCCAAACACAAGCUUCGGUGUUCUACUCCCGACGAACCUUGAUGAGCAGACAUCAGCCAUACCAGGAUGGAUGAUUGAGUCGAACCGUGCAGUCCGCUUCGUUGACUCUGACCAGUACAGCGUUCCCCAGGGGAAGCGUGCGAUUGAGCUCCUCUCCGGCAAAGAGGGAAUUAUCUCACAGAUGGUGGAGACAACCCCUCAGAAAGUGUACAGCCUGACUUUCACAUUCGGCUCAGCAGGCGAUUCAUGCCAGCCACCAAUGGCUGUCAUGGCAUUUGCAGGCGAUCAGGCCCAGAACUUCCACUACUCGCCGAUGGGCAAUGCCACAAGCCAAGCUGCGAAUGUGACGUUCACAGCGCGUGCUGAAAGAACACGUGUUGCUCUCUACAGCGUGUACUACAACACGAGAAGCGAUGACCACAGCUCACUAUGCGGGCCGGUGGUCGACGACGUGCGUGUUUGGGGCUUGAAUGGGGCUGCUGGGUUGAAGGCAAGUAUUGGGCUGCUUCUUGGUAUGGUUAGUGUUGUUGGCCUGAUGAUGUUCUGAAUUUCUUAGUGGUGAGGUUUAAGGAUACAUGUACGUAACCUCCCCUGUAAGGAUGAGGAGGCCACUAGUUUUGGUAGUAAGCCUGAAAUUUCUAUGAGAUUGAGUAAUGUGAGCUUAGGCUAAAGCUACCAGUAGCUAUAUGUGGUUGUGUUGUUACUUUCUUCUGUGAUUCAGAAAGUAGCAAUACAUUAUGGGAUGCUGUGGUAUGUGCCAAGAGCUAGUAAUGUGAGAUGUUAGAAUUGUUCAAAGUUCAUCUCUUCUAUGUAUUAGAAACUUCGAUAGUGUAUCUGCUAUUCCUUUC